AUGGAACCUCCAUAUAAAUACGCCUCCUUCUCAUCAUCCCGAGGAGCCUCCGCCACAUUUCCACCGUCCCAAACCCCUACCCGCAGCCAGAACCAAAACCAGCAGGCCAGCGACCUCCAGUCCAAAUCCGAGGACCUCUCCACAUUCGGCAGCCAAGAAAGCGCCCAAAAAGAUCGAAGAAAGUCCCGCCGUUCGCGCCGCCAUCGCUCUAAUAACCUUCCGAUCUCCCCAGAAGGAGAGUCCGCCUCCCGACAUCGAACUCGCCCAUCCCCAUCCCCUAGCCCGCUAGAUCUACCUGCCUUCGAUGGCACAAGGGGCCCCCGCCACAAACACAGCAAGUCGCGGGAACUGCGCUUCCCUAAUCCCAUGAGCCAUCUGGCUUCCUCGGCGAGCGCUAGGGGAUUGCUUCCUACGUGGUCAGGCGGGAAGGAUAAGGACCGCGAGGGCGAUGAUGGGUUGUUGAGGCCGAUUACAAGGGAAACGACCCGGAGUCGCUGGGGGUCUGAUUCGACUACUGGUCUAUCAGAUGGUCGGAAUGGGAGUCUGUUUGAUACGCCUGAGCAGCAUGAGGGAUUGGCGCCUAUCCGUCGGAACGAGAUUCUAUCUAUGAAUGACCUGGAAAAAAUUAAGAAGCGGAGGAAGCUGGGCGAGGAGUAUCUACGGUCUGCAUUAACUUCGAUUGGGACGUUAGCGACAGACGUCACCCGUCGACUGGAUUACACCUAUUACAAUCUACUCGAGAAGAUCACAGCGCUCAACGCAACUAUCUCGUCCUUCCAGGAACUCUCCGACUCAGCUUCAACGCUUCUCAAUGACUUCGAACGUGAAACGGCUGGGCUAGAUCAGGAUAUCCGCAAACAGCUUAGCGAUCUAAAAGGCUUCGAGUCACAGAUCCAAAAGGCUGACGCGUUAGAGCAACGCAUGAAAACAGGCCGACAGCGCGUCGAAGAACUAGGGAAACGACUCGAGACUGUACGACACGAGAUCGAUAGCUGGGAACAGCGGGAAACAGAAUGGCAAACCCGGACCAGUCGUCGACUGCGCAUCUUCUGGGGCAUUGUCACAAGCGCGCUGUUGGUGCUUGUACUCGCUCUAGUAAUCCAGAACUGGCCACUAUUCUGGUCUCCCCACGCUGAGAUGUCAGGUUUGACAGUGUCGAACCACUCUUCGCCCUCUGUGCCACCUCAAUCCGAGGCGUGGGAUGAGGUUCUCAGUCUCGGGGGAAGAAGUUCAGGGUCUGAUGCAGGGUCUGUUCGAUAUCCGUCCAACCUUGCGGAUCGCCGCGAGAGUCUGGCCCAGGCUAGUCCGACUCCAACGAUCCGGUCAGCGCAUGAUGCAGCAGCUGCGGAACAUGAUCCUUUGAGCAUGCUGGAUGAAUUAUGA